CGCACGAAUCGCUCUAUUUCUCUCUAUACUCUCUGCUACUUUGGAUAUCUAUCGUGCCAUCUUCGUGAACCCUUUUUCCUCAUAUUUAUUUGCACGGCCCUUCUGACCCCACACUUGGUCUUGAGCUUUAUCUUCGUUCAUUAUCUCCCCGUUUAAUGCCAUCUAGGAACCCACGCAAUGCCUCUCGCAAACACAACUCAAAGUCUACCUCUGCAAUUUCUCUUCUUUCCCAGCUCGAUGACACGCCGCCUGCCAUGCCUCGUUCGCCAUCCCUUGUCUUAGAUUUUGAUCCGGAACUACUGGAAUCCCCCCAGCUUGUAUCUGCCUUCGACCCCGAUAUCGAGCGCGUUGGGGAGCCGGCUACAGGUGCGACACAGGGUUUCUAUGAACCAGUGGAGUCCUCGGAUGCGGAGGAUGAUCCGGUCCUUCCACUUCCCGCUGCCCAGCAAGUGGACUCAUUGAAGGAGUCUGGACACGUCAGGUCACCAAUACUUGCUCGACAUUCCACUCGACUUGAGGGCCUUUCACGAACGAUGCGCAAUUAUGUUCCCUCGUCGAUCUCCAUUCCCAUCCCUUCCGCGGCACCCUCCCCUCCACGCGUGUCUCGCCCAGUCUCUUUUGGCAGCUUCAUGACGCCUUCCAGCCCCUCUGAUAGACGACAUCGAACCGCGGGGACAGAGGAUCGUCAUCCUCGGAGAGAGGGAGCUCACACGGCGGAGGAUAUUUUCAGUCUCGACGAUAAUGAGGAUGAGCGCGUUGGACAAGUAAGGACACGAACACGGUACCCUGGAGGUGAUGCAGAGGAGAUCACUUGGUCUAAGUGGGAUACCCUGCUCCAUCGUGACAUGGAUCAGACUAGGCGUCUGCUCCUGCUCGGUUACCGAACGGGCUUGCAAAUCUGGGACUGCACGGCCCUCGACUCCAUCGACGAACUCCUCAACAUCACCACGGCGGAUUGGGGAACUGUAUCGGCUGCGGCGAUCCUGCCAUCUCCUGAUUCUACUCAGGCAGACGAGUUCUUGCACGACAGGCCUUUGAUGGGUGUCAUUGCGAGUCGGCCACACAGCGAGCCCGAAUUCAUUAUAUACUCAUUGUUGCGUCACGAUGUCAUCAAGCGACGUUCUUUUCAUGGCCUUGUAUCAUUCUCAUCAAAUGCAAACUUUAUAAUCAUUAGCACAACAAAUCCAGCGACACUUCGUAUUCUUUCGGCUUGUACACUGACGACAUUAUCUAUAAUCUCCUCUUCCUCCCUUACUCUUUUUUCUCCUCCUCAAUCUCCUCCUCUCAAUCACAACAUAAACAAAGAUACCGAUGUAUUACAAGACAAUCCUGUAGAUUCCGACACGUUCCCGCCAGAUCAGCCCAAGGCCGUUUUUGCGCUCUCCCACCGCCUUCUUGCAUAUGCGUCUCCUCCACCUCGACCGGAUUCUCCGACAGCCACUCCCUUGUCGACACGCCCACGCACUCGCAAGCCUUCCAGGGACGACACCAAGAGUCUCUCCCAAGCCGACAUCAGUACUUUUGCGCUUCGCGUGGGCGGCAAUGUUCUCAGCGGACUUCGAACGCUUGGUGAAGUCGCGUAUUCUGCCGCGCGCACGCGCAUGUCCGGCGACCAAGCGCAAGUGAGCAUGCAUCGCGCAUCUCCUGCAAGCAACACAUUUUUUUCACGCAGCGCACCAGCGAGCAGCGUCUCUCAUGAGCAGCGGCACUCGCAGAAUGAGACUGGUGACGCUGGCGCUGUGCGUGCUGUUGUUGAUCUUGGCGAAGACUCCGAGCCUUUGGCUGGUCGGAGCAAGGCGUACGCCGCGCCGCUUUUGACUCCUACUGACGACACGAAGGGUUUUUAUGUUACCAUUUUGGACUUACGUUCGCUGUUAUCCACCCCUUCGACGUCCAUGCCGCAACCCGCUGUGGUUGCGGAGUUCAUGGUAUCCAAGUGUCACUCUGUGUCUGCGCUCCGGUUUUCGUCUGAUGGGGGUUCACUCAUGAUCGUGCCUGAAGAUGGCCAGACGAUCAAAGUUUUCCAGAUACGGCCGCCAGCUUUGCAAGGUUUGCGCGACGCCGACGACGCGCUUCACAGUCGUCGUGGCAGCACGGAGAGUGCUCGUGCACCAUGGCAUAUUUACGACCUUCGUCGUGGCCGAACGUCUGCAGUGGUCGAUGACAUCGACUGGGCUUCGGACGGAAGAUGGGUGGCAAUCGGCUCAAGAAAGCGCACCGUGCACAUCUUCGCCACGAACCCUUACGGAGGGAAGCCAGACGAAAGAAGUCAUAUCAAUGGUCGUGUCGCAAACUCGGGUGAAUUGCAGCCGCUGUCUACUAGCCUAUCUCCAAUUGUCAGAUUGCGUGCGCCGCGUGCUUCGUCUGUUGACCCAACCCUGGGUCGACUGAGCUUCAUUUUCAUCAAGUCGGGCGACCACUCGCUUCCGCCUAGGCUUCUGCCUGUGGAAACUGUGCAACCUACCUCGCCAACUACGACAACCUCUGCUCAUUCAUCGCCUUCUCACAAAUCUGAGCCCCUCUCUCCACCGCUACGUCCUUAUCGGCCAAAGAACUAUCAAGACAUGUUGUUAUUUGAUCAGACGGACGGAACAUUGUCUUUGCGUCGUUUCUUCAUCGACCUCCGUGCUAAUGAUCACAGCCUCAUUGUUCCCGGAGCCAUUCCUGGUUUGGGAGGCACGAGUAUCUCUCUUCCUACGAGAACGCCUUUCAAUUGGAUAAAUGCGCCACCACCGACUACGGGAGGGCAGAACGUGAGGACUUCCGGACUGACGAAGAUGAUGGAAAGGACUGUGGAGCUUUCGGCGCGCGAGGUUGACGUUGCGACGUGGAAUUUAAGACGGGAAUACGAUUGGCCAGAGCUCAAGCGCACGCUGAAAGAGUACCAAACUUUCGUAGGUAGUCGGGAUGCGGUUCAGGGUUCUAAUUGGCUAUCGCACGCGGAACUGCUAACAUGCUCUCAAUCGUCAUUCAUACUCCCGAGGUCUGUCUAUCUAUCGCAUCAAUUUUCUUUCCACGCUCUCGGCGAGGAUUACCACGCGCUCGUUCGACGAUAUCACUUCGACAUUCCUACUACGAAGAUUGAGGUGCGCAGAGAGGUUGAGAUCAGCGCGUACUCCACGGACAACGGCGAGGCCUUUGUUCAAGGGCUUCAUUCUCCCCUUGAAAUCGGACGUCCCUCCUCGUCCUUCGAUGAGCCCCUUUCGUCGGCGCUUUCAAGCGACAUGGUCUAUCCCUCGUCUCCACCCGUCAUCCCUAUGUUUCCAAACGGCACGCCUGGCUCCAAGCCGAGUUCGUUCAGAAGCCCGCUGCCUGUACAGCGCAUGGCUGCCGGUAUCAGUGACGGGAUGAGCGACGGCUUGGUCCGGCUUCGGCGCGAGAUUGGGAAGGUCCGCUCUCCGAGGCUGAUUGCGAGGUCAGAUAGUACGCUUGGCAUGAGUGGGGACCUCGGGCGCAUGACGCUGGAAUUCGACGAGGAGGACGAGGACUUCGUGUUAACGCAUACCCGGAAGGCGGCUUCUUCUGCUGAACGGGGCGACGGUGAUGAUUCUAUCGACGCAGACGAUGAUGCGAUGUCUCGGUCGACGUCGCGGGAUGAGGGUGACGAGUCGGGGGCGUCGAUAUCGACUCCGUCGUCUGGGGAUUGCGAACGAGAAGCGCGGAACGUGGAUCAGGCAUGGAUGGGGUGGGAGCUGGAGGACACGCAGGCGGUGGAAGAUAUGGAGCAGUUCCACGAGAUUUCGGCUGUAGGUCUCAUGGACGAAGAGCAGGCGCAGGUGAAGAGCCGUGGUCUUUCUGGUAGGAUGUGAGAGGGUAGCGAUGCAUUCUGAGGUAUUGCCGCCAAAUGUGUACAGUAUUGGUUUUUAGCGAGCAAGGGACAUCAGCAGGUCAUGGACGUAGUUGCGGGAUGUACUCUCUAGGGUGGUUGGCAAUGAAAGUGGUCGACUUUCCUAGUAGUAUUACUGACACUUUUGAGUCCACUGAUAUCUGAAACUACUGUAUGGCCAAUUUAAUGCAACUAUAAAUACAAAAAAUAUUCUGUAAUCUUC